CAUUCAGAAACCAUCACAGCAAAAUUGAUGAUCGGAGAACACCGUCGUGCUAAUCCAACGGUCCACGUUCCUCCAUGGACCAUCCAUGACGAUCCAACGGCGGAGAUUUACUCGCCGUACUUCGCCGCCGACGGCAUUGCCGUCGACGGCGGCGAGUUUUCCCCGCAGUACAUGCAUGAGGCGCUGGCGGCGUUGCAGCGCUACCUGCCGUCGAACGAGGUGGACGCCGAGUCUGACUCGGAUGCUCUCGGCCGUGACUCGGACGCUCCGGUGGACGCGUACUCGUGUGACCACUUCCGGAUGUACGAGUUCAAGGUCCGGAGGUGCGCUCGUGGGAGGUCACAUGACUGGACGGAGUGUCCGUACGCGCAUCCCGGCGAGAAGGCGCGCCGCCGUGACCCGAGGAAGUUUCAUUACUCCGGCACGGCGUGUCCGGACUUUCGUAAGGGAAGUUGCAAGAAGGCUGACGCGUGUGAGUACGCGCACGGCGUUUUCGAGUGCUGGCUACACCCUGCGAGGUACAGGACUCAGCCAUGCAAGGAUGGGACUAGCUGCCGCCGGCGCGUGUGCUUCUUCGCUCACACGCCGGAGCAGCUUCGUCUUGUCCCGCAGCAGAGUCCUCGGAGCAUGAACUCUGCUGAUUCCUAUGAUGGGUCUCCGAUGAGGAACGCUGCUGCUGCGAUGCCGUUUAUGUCGUCUCCGGUGUUGAUUUCGUCGCCUCCGGUGAGUCCUCGCGGGGAUUCGCCACCCAUGUCGCCGAUGGCGCAGUCGCUGAGCAGGUCUCUGGGUUCGAGCUCGAUCAAUGAGAUGGUGGCUUCUCUGCGGCUGGGGAAGAUGAAAUCGAUGCCACCUAACAGGAACAUUCAAAUGGGGUCUCCGGGUUUCGGGUCUCCGAGAGGGUCCAUGCUCCGACUCCGACCCGGUUUCUGCAGCCUCCCUACUACACCGACCCAAGCACCGGUUCCGGGUCGCUCUGGUGUGAGCUAUUUCGACCUUUGGGAUCAGGAUCUUGAGGAGGAGCCAGUUAUGGAGAGGGUGGAAUCUGGAAGUGUGAUAAGGGCUAAGAUGUUUGAGAAGCUAAGCAAAGAGAAUUCUUUGGAUAGGUCGGGUUCGGAUUCGGGUCAAACUGGUGGAGCUCCGGAUGUUGGGUGGGUUUCUGAGCUGGUGAAGUGAAGUUGAUUUGCUAAUGCCAUUUAAGGUUGUUUUGGUGUCUGGUUUCUGUAAAUAGAAUGCCAAGAAGUGGGAAAGUGGUAUGGUAAGAUUUAUUUUGGAAGCAGCAUGGUGAUGAUGAUUCUGGUGUAAAUAUUCUAUUGUCAAAGUUAUGGGGUGAAGGGUAGUAUCUCUUAUUUUGGGGAAAUUUUGAUUGAAAAAAUCAAGACCUACUUGGAUUGACUUGGGGGAUUAUACUAUCCUAAGCUUUUUGUAUAGUUAUUAGCUUAUUAUUAUGAAUUGUGUUCAACUAGCAGUUAUGGAUCAGUUUCUGCUUACUAAUCUCAUUGAUGUAAAUAUGCAUAAUAUGUAUGAUCCAAGUUCCAAGCUUCUGUCCCUUUAAUCAAGCUAAUGAUUAUUAUUAAUGUGAUGUAUAUUUCUAUCAAAA